AUGACCAAUGGGCUUAUAUCAAAUUGUUUUUUCUAUUUCUUCCUUCCUUAUAUUAUUUUUUAUCUCCCCUUCUUUUUCCCUCUCCCCUUCUUUUCUCCCUCUCCCCUUUUCUCUCCUCUCCCCUUCUCUCUCUCUCUCUCUCCUCUCCCCUUCUUCUCUCCCUCUCCCCUUCCUCUCUCUCCCUCUCCCCUUCUCUCUCCCCUCCCCUUCUCUCUCUCUCCCCCCUUCUCUCUCUCUCUCCCCUUCUCUCUCUCUCUCCCCUUCUCUCUCUCUCUCCCCCUUCUCCCUCUCUCUCCCUCUCUCUCUCUCUCCCCUCCUCUCUCUCUCUCUCUCCCCUCUCUCUCUCUCCUCUUCUCUCCCCUCUCUCUCCCCUAUUUCUCCCUCCCUCUCCCCUCUCCCCUCUCUCUCUCCCUCUCUCUCUCCCUCUCUCUCUCUCUCUCCUCUCUCUCUCCCUCCUCUCUCUCUUCCUCUCUCUCUCUCUCCAUUUUGAUUCAUAUUUUGGAAUACUAUAAAAGAUUCAACAUCAAUCAAACUUUCCUUUUUUUUUUUCUUUUUUUUUUUAGCAAACUUUCCUUUCUUUCUUUUUUUUUUUUAGCAAACUUUCUUUUUUUUUUUUUUUUAGCAAACUCUUUUUUUCUUUUUUUUAGCAAACUUUCUUUUUUUAGCAAACUUUCUUUUUUUUUUCUUUUCAAAUGUAAUGAACUUGGAUCACUGAAUUCCUUUUCUUUUCCUUUUUUCUUUUCCUUUUUUCUUUUCCUUUUUUCUUUUCCUUUUUUCUUUUCCUUUUUCCAUUUCCUUUUUUCUUUUCCUUUUUCCAUUUCCUUUUUCCAUUUCCUUUUUUCUUUUCCUUUUUUCUUUUCCUUUUUUCUUUUCCUUUUUUCUUUUCCUUUUUUCUUUUCCUUUUUUCUUUUCCUUUUUCUUUUCCUUUUUUCUUUUCCUUUUUCUUUUCCUUUUUUCCUUUCCUUUUUUCUUUUCCUUUUUUCUUUUCCCUUUUUCUUUUCCCUUUUUCGAUUUCCUUUUUCGAUUUCCUUUUUUCUUUUCCCUUUUUCGAUUUCCUUUUUUCUUUUCCCUUUUUCGAUUUCCUUUUUUCUUUUCCUUUUUCGAUUUCCUUUUUUCUUUUCCUUUUUUUUCCUUUUUCUUUUCCUUUUUCGAUUUCCUUUUUUUUUUUCCUUUUUCGAUUUCCUUUUUCUUUCCCUUUUUCGAUUUCCUUUUUUCUUUUCCCUUUUUCGAUUUCCUUUUUUCUUUUCCCUUUUUCGAUUUCCUUUUUUCUUUUCCCUUUUUCGAUUUCCUUUUUUCUUUUCCCUUUUUCGAUUUCCUUUUUUCUUUUCCCUUUUUCGAUUUCCUUUUUUCUUUUCCCUUUUUCGAUUUCCUUUUUUCUUUUCCUUUUUCCAUUUCUCUUCUAAGCACAAUCAAGUUAAGUACUUAAAAUCACCUUCUUUCAUCUUUUUCUUUUUCAUCUUUUUCUUUUUCAUCUUUUUCUUUUCAUCUUUUUCUUUUCAUCUUUUUCUUUUUCAUCUUUUUCUUUUCAUCUUUUUUUUUUUCAUCUUUUUCUUUUUCAUCUUUUUCUUUUUCAUCUUUUUCUUUUUCAUCUUUUUCAUCUUUUUCAUCUUUUUCAUCUUUUUCAUCUUUUUCAUCUUUUUCAUCUUUUUCAUCUUUUUCUUUUUCAUCUUUUUCUUUUUCAUUUUUUUUUUUUCAUUUUUUCAUCUUUUCAUUUUUUCAUCUUUUUCAUCUUUUUCUUUUUCAUCUUUUUCUUUUUCAUCUUUUUCUUUUUCAUCUUUUUCUUUUUCAUCUUUUUCUUUUUCAUCUUUUUCUUUUUCAUCUUUUUCUUUUUCAUCUUUUUCUUUUUCAUCUUUUUCUUUUUCAUCUUUUUCUUUUUCAUCUUUUUCUUUUUCAUCUUUACACAAAGGUGGUGGAAUCAUGGGUCAUGAUUUUAUUCUGCUGCUCUGGAAGUGUCUCCUGGACGACUGGUUUGGGGUUGGUGCCACUGUUUAUAUUGUAACGCCUCGCAUCGAUGCAGAACGCCUCUUCAACAUCUAUCUCCUGAUGAUACGCAACAAGGGCACCGGUUUCAGUGUCACUUUGCUGACCCCUGAAAAGGGUGCAGAAAAAUUCAGCAAGGUCCUUGAGACAGCAAAGCAGAUGAUGAAGAAGACUCGGACAUCACGUCACACCCUGCUCGUGUCCGAUGUCAAACGGGACUUAUUCAAGGCUCUCUAUCUAUCUAUCAUUCUAUCUAUCUAUGAUCUGCUUCCCUUCUACCUAAAACGGAGAACAUUCACCAUGAUAACUCCUCAGUUUCACUUGGCACAGGAUGAUGAGUUCCUCUAUAUUAAAAUUGAUGCCUUACUUGCAAAGAUUUCGGAUACUGAAAUUUUUGUGGAUGAUGAUGAGUUCUGCUUCUAUUCAACUCCUUACUACCUCAGAUUACAUUUGCCAGGGAGUAUUGUUGAGGACAACCAGUCGAGUUGUACAUAUGAAGAAGGAAAAUUCUCCCUAAAAUUUACCAAGAAAAACUAUGCAGAAUUCUUUCAGGGUUUAGAAAUGAUAACAAGUUUGUUGACUCCAAAAGGGGAAAAAACAGCAAAGCUUCCGCUUAUUGAAGUUAUCUCAAAGGAGGACAAUUCAGAUAAUGGAAAUACAUUACAAGAUGAAGAAUUUUCUUGGUAUGUUAAACGGGAUGCCCUCAAAUGUCCAAGAGCUUCAAAAAUCGACUUCAAUGAAGGUUAUGGUUUUGCAAAUAAAAGAUUACGUGUGUUUGAAAAUUUAAAUGAUGAGUUUGCUAGUGUGAUAGACAUCAAGAAUCCUGAUAAAUAUUGUACAAAGAUGAGAAUGGAACAGAAAUAUGAUCUUGAAUCAAAGAAAUUUGAUGCAGACCACUUUAUUGCUGAUUUCAUUGAUGCAGACAAAAAAAUCUGUAAUAUCUGUGAUUAUGUCCUACCAUGGGUCAAAUCGUGGCAUGAAUCUCAAGAGAAAGGAGUCUCACCUGAAAGUCUGACAGAAUUAACUCCAGAUGAACAAUAUAAAUUAACCAUACUGCCAAAGAAAGAAUUUCUCAUUGAUGAUUCUGCUAUUUUGACGACAGUUUACCUUGGUCUGGUUGAUAUCCUUUUUGCCUACUGUUAUGAUGUACGAGUCAAUGAAGGAGAAAAAAAUAUUGAAUCUGGUUGGAACAUUGCCAAAUUGAGUUCUGUGAUGAGUUGUCUUGUGGCCUUUAUUGAUUUAAAAGAAGUCCUUGUAUCUUGUUUCCGUCGUUGUCUAUGUUACCCUCUCUAUCGUAGUUGGAAAUUGAACAUGUUGGUGCUUUCAGAUCUGACAAUACUCUUCAAAACAGGUCGCUUGCAAAUCUUGAAGUGUCUUUUGGCCAUUAAAGAAAUUCUGCAGAAAUAUGAGUUGAAUCAUAUACUGAAUGACCUUUAUAUCCUAGACUAUUGCGUGUGGAUUCAGACGGCAGAUGUCAAACUAUUGGAGUCUUUGGGUGAUGAAUUGUCAAAGAUUGUCAUAAAAAAUAUUGACUGUGACUUGGAUUUGUCAUGUUGGGAAGACAUUGCAAUUGGAGAACUCGAAGAUUCAGAUGACGUCCGCAUCAUAUCAUCAAUGUCCCAACUGAGGAUUAAGAAAGGAAAAAAUCACCAUGGGGUGGAUAUGAUGUAUGAGGAUAGCAGCAGCAGCAGCUCUUAUGACACUACUCCAAAAGUUAUUGCUUUCUAA